ACGCCCCUUGUUGGCUUGUUGCAUGCUAGAUAAUAAAUAGCUGGAACCUGCGAACUUUUGACCCCGAGAACCGUGGCGAUGGCGGAAGACGAAGGCUUGGAAGCGAUCAGAGCUAAGAGGCUGGCAGAGUUACAGGCUCAAUAUGGCGGAGGACAGCGUGAUCAGGAACAGAAGCAGCAGGCGGCAAAGACGAGAGAGGAAGACAUGAAAAACUCAGUGUUGUCACAGAUCCUGGAGCAAGGAGCCAGAGCAAGAUUGAACAGCAUUGCUCUGGUGAAGCCGGACAAAGCCAAGUCUGUUGAGAUGAUGUUGAUAAGGAUGGCCCAGAGUGGCCAGAUAUCGGGCAAGGUAGGGGAAGGUCAGUUGGUUGAACUGCUGGAGAGGAUAAAUCAGCAGACACAGAAAUCUACCAAAGUCAAGUUCGAACGAAGACGUCAAGAUUCAGAUGAUGAGUUCUAG